UGCCGCUGGCGCAGCUGGCGGACCCGUGGCAGAAGAUGGCUGUGGAGAGCCCGUCCGACAGUGCUGAGGAUUAUAUCUUUAUCCUUGAAAUUUAAAAACAUUUGCCAGGACAUGUCUUGGUGUUGAUGAUCUCUGUUGAACCUUCUCAGUCUCCAGUCUCAGUAUAAUGAGUAUGAUGAAUAUCACUGUACAUAAGUCUUUAUGCACAUCUCUGAUAUUUCCUUAGGAUAAAUGAGGAGCUGAUUCUUAAUCCUGUCACAUUGAAUGGACAGCAAAUUAUGGAUGAACCUAUGGGAGAGGAAGAGAUUAAUCCACAAAUUGAAGAAGGCAGCAUCAAAGAAAUUGCAAUCACACAUCAUGUAAAAGAAGGACAUGAAAAAGCAGAUCCUUCCCAGUUUGAACUUUUAAAAGUAUUAGGGCAGGGAUCAUUUGGAAAGGUUUUCUUAGUUAAAAAAAUCUCAGGCUCUGAUGCUAGACAACUUUAUGCUAUGAAGGUAUUGAAGAAGGCCACGCUUAAAGUUCGGGACCGUGUUCGGACAAAAAUGGAACGUGAUAUCUUGGUAGAAGUUAAUCAUCCUUUUAUUGUCAAGUUGCAUUAUGCUUUUCAAACUGAAGGGAAGUUGUAUCUUAUUUUGGACUUUCUCAGGGGAGGAGAUUUGUUUACACGCUUAUCCAAAGAGGUGAUGUUCACAGAAGAAGAUGUCAAAUUCUACUUGGCUGAACUUGCGCUUGCUUUAGAUCAUCUACAUAGCCUGGGAAUAAUCUACAGAGACUUGAAACCAGAAAACAUACUUCUUGAUGAAGAAGGGCACAUCAAGUUAACAGAUUUUGGCCUAAGUAAAGAAUCUAUUGACCAUGAAAAGAAAGCAUAUUCUUUUUGUGGAACUGUGGAAUACAUGGCUCCAGAAGUAGUUAAUCGUAGAGGUCAUACUCAGAGUGCUGACUGGUGGUCUUUUGGUGUGUUAAUGUUUGAAAUGCUCACUGGUACACUACCUUUCCAAGGAAAAGAUCGAAAAGAAACCAUGACUAUGAUUCUUAAAGCCAAACUUGGGAUGCCACAGUUUUUGAGUCCUGAAGCCCAGAGUCUUUUACGUAUGCUUUUCAAACGAAAUCCUGCAAACAGAUUAGGUGCAGGACCAGAUGGAGUUGAAGAAAUUAAAAGACAUUCAUUUUUCUCAACAAUAGACUGGAACAAACUAUAUAGAAGAGAAAUCCAUCCACCAUUUAAACCUGCAACUGGCAGGCCUGAAGAUACAUUUUAUUUUGAUCCUGAGUUUACUGCAAAAACUCCCAAAGAUUCCCCUGGGAUUCCACCUAGUGCUAAUGCACAUCAGCUUUUUCGGGGGUUUAGUUUUGUUGCUAUUACCUCAGAUGAUGAAAGCCAAGCUAUGCAGACAGUUGGUGUGCAUUCAAUUGUUCAGCAAUUGCAUAGGAACAGUAUUCAGUUUACUGAUGGAUAUGAAGUAAAAGAAGAUAUUGGAGUUGGCUCGUACUCCGUUUGCAAGAGAUGUAUACAUAAAGCCACAAACAUGGAGUUCGCAGUGAAGAUUAUUGAUAAAAGCAAGAGAGACCCAACGGAAGAAAUUGAAAUUCUUCUUCGUUACGGACAGCAUCCAAACAUUAUUACUCUAAAGGAUGUAUAUGAUGAUGGGAAGUAUGUGUAUGUAGUAACAGAACUUAUGAAAGGAGGUGAAUUGCUGGAUAAAAUUCUUAGACAGAAAUUUUUCUCUGAACGAGAGGCCAGUGCUGUCCUGUUUACUAUAACCAAAACUGUUGAGUAUCUUCAUGCACAAGGGGUGGUUCACAGAGACUUGAAACCUAGCAACAUUCUUUAUGUGGAUGAAUCUGGUAAUCCAGAAUCUAUUCGAAUUUGUGAUUUUGGCUUUGCAAAACAGCUAAGAGCAGAAAAUGGUCUUCUCAUGACUCCUUGUUACACUGCAAAUUUUGUUGCACCAGAGGUUUUAAAAAGACAAGGCUAUGAUGCUGCUUGUGAUAUAUGGAGUCUUGGUGUCCUCCUCUAUACAAUGCUUACUGGUUACACUCCAUUUGCAAAUGGUCCUGAUGAUACACCAGAGGAAAUAUUGGCACGAAUAGGUAGCGGAAAAUUCUCACUCAGUGGUGGUUACUGGAAUUCUGUUUCAGAUACCGCAAAGGACCUGGUAUCAAAGAUGCUUCACGUAGACCCUCAUCAGAGACUGACUGCUGCUCUUGUGCUCAGACAUCCUUGGAUUGUCCACUGGGACCAGCUGCCACAAUACCAACUGAACAGGCAGGAUGCACCACAUCUAGUAAAGGGUGCCAUGGCAGCUACAUAUUCUGCUUUAAACCGUAAUCAGUCACCAGUUUUGGAACCAGUAGGCCGCUCUACCCUUGCUCAGCGGAGAGGUAUUAAGAAAAUCACCUCAACAGCCCUGUGAAGUGACCUCAGUGAGAUAUUUGGUACCAUGGUGUAAGCUGAUAGCACAAGUUCUGGCGACAGGUAGCACAUAUCUGAGCGAGACCUGCAAGCACAUACUGUCCCAGCUGGUACCCAUAAUGCUGCUGCUCCUGCUGCUGCUCCUGCUUUCGUCUCUUCUCGCUUUAAACGAUUGUUAGCAAGUUAGAUUUUCCUGGAGCUUUGGAUGAAACAUGAUGAAGAUAUAUUCACUGAAUCAACAAGAAAAAUAAUGACAAUAUGAGUACCACCUAAAAUACACUGAAUAAAGUACUCUACACCAUAUAGCAUUAUUUUUAUAGAAAAUAUUUCAUGUCCCUUAAAUAUUCUUUGUUAGUUAUAGGGAUGGACAGUUUAUGUUAAGCACUUAGCUUAAACAAUCCGUUUAUAUUAGCACUGUAUCCCUUGUGCCAUCCAACAUUUUGUAUGUUUUUGUAAACAGUUCAUAUACAGUACAUUUCUGUACUGCUUUCUUUAAUGUAUACAUGCCUUGUUUAACUUGGAAUCUAUUAUUAAUCAACUAUUAAAUUUGGAUAAAUGGUUCACCUGGAUUAACAGUAUUGUUGGACAGCCCUAAAAAUGGCCAGAUUGUGGAACAGCUGUUGAAUGUAACACUUUCAAAAUGUACAUAUCUUUCCCCAUGUCUGUUUCACUGGUUUGUUCUUUUGUUUGUUUCUUAAAGUCAGGUGCUCUGUCAGACUAACCUAGAGAGCUCUUUUGGUAGAGAAAGUUAAAUGUGUGUGGCAUGAAAUCAAGAAUACACCUAUGAAGUUAGUCCAUGUACUUUCCAACUCCUUAGGGUCCUUUUUUCCUCAAUUAAGGAGGUAGUCCUUGCACUUUUAAUCUUACACAGUAUCCAUACUUAGUAUUUGGCAUAUCAUUUGGGAUUUUGCCAUAUACAUCAAAGGCCUUUAAAAUCAUGGUAGAGAGAUUAGUGAAGGAAAAUUUAGCAACAAGCAAUUUAAAUCUUAUUGACUAUUUCCUUUUUAAAUAGAUAUUCUAUAUUAAACACUAAUUUGAAUGUAAUAAAGGCCAUAGGCCUCUAUAUGAAAUUGGAUUUAAAUUUAUUCUAGGAAAAUAAAACAUUCUUGAUCAAACAGUAUCUGUUCUAACCUGAAAUCAUAGCUAAAGUAGGCUAAGUGAACAUUCAGCAUUGUUUUCUAAAUCCUUCCUGAUGAUUUAUAGCCUUUGUCUUCAGAAGUGAUCAAUUUUCAUAAUGACCCUUGGGUCUUCUUUGAUUACAGUAUUCAGUAUCUACAUCUGACUUGCUAGUUUCCACAAUUUUAUCUGGUGAAAGGAAUUUCUAUACCCAUCAUUACCUGUGUGUCAGGGUACCUAGCAUAUAUUAAUGUGUUAAAAACAGGAGCAAGGAAAAAGUGAUUUAACUUACCUCAUCAGGAAUGUGCCCAAAUAGGUCUUUCUAAGUCAUAUACUAAGCCAUUUACAUCAGAAAUACUCUCCUACUAGAAGCUUUAACUCUUCCCCUAAAAACACCAAGCCAGGAAGACUGUGGUUUAUCUGAAUGUUUUGAAAACCAUUUAUCAUUCCUUAAUUUCUCCUCUAUGCAAUUAAAGAGAGGAAAUCUAUAACAUUCCUUUUGCCCAAGUGACAUAAAAUGAUUAUUGCGUAGAAAUCAAAUAUAAGUUUAUAUUCUAAAUGGAAAAAUGUAUAAGAGGAGGAAUAUCAGAAGAUCUAGCUAAAGCUUUUUGAAGUUUUUGAAUAUAUGGAUAAUACUUAAGAAGCUACUUUCUCUUGCCUGGAAAGGAAAUUGUUUGUUUUCUCCUCUAUUCAGUGUUUCAAACCAUGGUCAUCCCAAAUUCUUGUAAUUUUUCAAAUUUUAAUGUAACUCUGAACAGAAAGUAGAUAUAUUUUCAGAUUUUUGACACUGAGACUGCUCUUAAUCACUUAGGUGUACUGUUCAUCAUAGUCUUUUAGAACUAGAAGUGAGCAUAUAAAUCCUCAUAAAUCACCUGGUCAAGUUUUCUCAUAUUGGAUGUAAAGAACCUGAGACUCGGAUCAAAGACUGGAAUCCUCAGUUUGUCCCCAUUUACAGUAGUUUCUUUUUCCUCAUAACAUCAUGCUGUCUUUCCUUCAUAUUAUCACCUGACCAGUAGCUAAGUUAAAAAACUAUAUGUUUCAUAGGGCAGUCCUCUAUUGGUGUAUGAUCCCGAGUUUAUUUCUUGCAAGGAUAAUUGCCUUCUUUGUCUAGUCAAGCUUCCAGUUUUGUUGUAGAAAGCAAGGUAUAUGUUCACAAAAUGGAAGGCUUUCUGCCUAAAAAGCAGUUAAUGGGCAUAAAUUAUUUCAUCAGUGAUUCUGAUGUUCCCACUGCCCUUUGGCAGCAAUGUGCUAUAAAUGUAGUACUUAUGCUGGGUUAACCUUUCCACUAGUUUCUCAAAAUCCUAUUCCUCCAGGCCUCUAUUGUUGGGGUAUUGAGGCCCCUAAUAUAUUCUGCCCUUCACCACUUGCUGCCAGUUUCUGGGGCUUCUCUCGGGAACUGUCAAUCUUAAAGAUAUUUCACUCACUGUGAAAGAAGGAGCUAAACUAUCAGGACUCUUACAAACUUUUUCUUAGUUUAUAAUGCAAAAUAAUAUCAAGAAUGAUAGAUUGCAUUUAACAUUGCCAAACACAUGCGGGAAAGUAUGAACUACUGUGUGUUUUGUAUCUUCCCCUUUGAAUGAUAAGGUAAGUUUUUUGUCCUCUUUUUAUUUUUGCUUUUUAUGAAUCAUUUCAUCCUUCUGAUUCAUAGAGAUAUCUAAGUAUAUCAGACAUUUCUUUUUAACAGAUUUGAUGUGAAUAUAUUUAUUCACAAGCAAUCCCAAAAAUCUAAAAGUAGAAUAAUUUUGGUGAGGCCCAAAGUAGAGAUACUGUGAAGCUAGGGUGCGGGAAGUGGCUUGUGAGUGUCUGGAGAAGUGGUUGUGGUGUGUAUGCCAUAGAGUUUCCACAUUUCCCAUGAAGUCCACUCCAAAGAGGGGUUUGGGGCCAUCCAUUUCUAAUCUAUUUUUAAAAAGUGGCUGCUACUGGGGUCAAGGGACAUCAAAGGAAAUGGGCCUAUCCACUUAGGUGUGCCCUGUAUCCUUAUCCCAGAAAAGGUUUGAACAGAAGGUGGGUGAGUGCAAAGGCUUCAAGAGAAGACAGAAUAUGUUUAAUAGGAAAGAGACUGGGGUAGGCCCAGCCUGGGAUAAGAGUUGGCAGUAAAGCAUUCAAGAUUUGGGGGCCUUGGUAUUAUGUUUAAUCACCAUGGAGGCCAGCAAUACACAUUCCAACAUGGCUUUGGUAAUCUCUACUCCCUGGACUUUAUAAAUGACCUACAAUUUUUAAACUUGCAUUAUGAUAUUUUUAUAGAGUAAAUUCUGUCAUAUCGUGGUAUUGAGCAUUUGAGACUUAGGAAUUUAAGGCUAAGAAAAGGCCUAUUUUCUGUGAUUUGCAAAUAGGUAGAUUCCAUGCCUGAUCUUGGUGCUUAAACCAGGAGGUUCCAGUCUCAUCCUAGAGAUCUGUCCCUCUGAAAGGCCCAACUCCCUGUGACUAACUUUAAACUGGAUGUAUACUUUGAGCCUAUUUAAUUCACAGAUAUAUUGACUUAACUCAGUAUUUUUUUUCAACUAAUGAAAAUAGUCCUCUUUUCAACCCCAGGCUGCUUACAUUUUGUAGGUCUCCCCAAGUGACUGUUGGUGGAGACCAAUUAAUGAAGGAAUGAAUUCACUUUCUUCAGACUGUGGUAUUCUCCAGAGUCACACUAAACCACUUUUUCCAGUGAAGAAUCUACAGAAUGAUAAUACUCAAAUAUGGAUGACCAAGAAGAAUUUGUAUCACAGUGUGCUCUAUGUAUUUUUGACACUGCUGUAUUCUGUGUGAUCAAGUAACUUGUAACUGGUUCCAAUGUGACUAAGUGUUCUCAAAUAAUUCUAGUAACUAAGUCAACUUAAUUUUCUUAAGCCUGGUAUUACUAUUGGUGUCAGAGUUACCACUUUGAUUCCAGUCUUUUAACUGUUCAUAACAGGGCAUACCAAGUGUUGGAAUGAGAGCCUACUUCCUACCUCUUAAGGCACUUUCAUCAUUAUUUUGCCAUGUAACUUUGAACUGCAUGAUAAGCUGUUUAAAUGUCCAUGACUUCUCCCAGAGCAACUAGCAAAGUAUAUGACAUUUUGAAUAGAGAUUAAUGGAAAGAAAAAAUUAGAGAUUUAGUUGAAAGGUGCAAACCUCAUGAAAAUGUCUUUAGAGCACAUACCAUUUGAGUACAUAAGUGUAAACGUAUAUGAGAAGAGAGUCACUAUAACUGUCCUAAGUAGAUUAGUUCAAUAUCUAAUGGAAGUGAGCAUCCUACCCCUAUUAUCAUUAUAGUACUGAAUGAACUGUAUACUGAGUUUUUCAAACAAGUAUUUAGAACUGUUAAAUACAAAGCAAGGGCAUAAGGAUAAAGAUUUUGGUUUGUGUUUCUGUAAGUGUACUUUACCAUCUAAAGCUUUGUUUUUUAAUUUUAAAAAAAGCUUCAAAGUAUUGCCAUUCAUGAGCAUCCUUAGUGAUUGUGGGUGAUGAGUUUGUAACACUUAAAAUUAUAUACAUGUAUUAGUUUAUCUUAACUCUUGCCCUAAACAUAAGGGAAGAUAUAUACUUAAGGGAUGUAAUUAUUUUCCAUUCUUGGCCAUGAGUAGGAAUGGGGUGGGUACCUACUUAAGCAGUUUUUAAAAAAGAAAAAAAUUACAAAUAUUUUUCUACUAUUAUAUAUGAUCUUACUUUAUACUAGUUUCUCUCUAGAAAAGGCAUGCCAGAAGCCCAAGGUACCAUGUCACAAGUUCUUACAUAUUAUACCUUUUAUUGGUGGUUAAAUAACAUCAGAUGCUUGGCACUGCUGCCAUAAUUAUGAAAUGCUUGUAAAGUAUCAAAUAUCACUGAAUACUUUAAAUUGUUUUACUUAAGAGUCUAAUCUGGGAAGUUUGCAAAUCAUACUAUUAAUGUGUAAUCUAAGCUCUUUCUGAUGUAUCCAAGAAUAAUCCUGGAGUAAUAUUGCUUGUAUUCCUGUCAUAGAACAGGUUUUGUAAUCUUUAAAAGAAAUGAAAAUUUAUAUAAUAAAGUUUCAAAUAAAUGCA